AUGGGUCUCAAGCGCAAGUUCUCCCUCGAGUUUGACGACGUUGCUCCCACUAACGGGAAGCAGGCGAAGCUCCUCCCUUUCCCCACCAUGGACCUCGACUCCGACGUCGCCAUGUCAGACGGUUCUCUGUCCGACCUCGACGCUCUCCUCAUCCCCACCUUUCCCGCUCACACUCGUCACCAGUCCGACGUGAGCUACGCGUCGUCAGCCACCUCUGACUCUCCUCGCCACUCUCCCUUCUACCCAGCCCUCGAGAUCUAUCCUGGUGAUCAGGAUAGUGAGAUGGGUAUCGCCGCCCACGGUCACCCCGACCCUUCCCCUAACGCUCCUCAGAAACCUAUCGGUCUCAUCCAGCCCAGUGGCAACGGCUUCUCUCAUCAUGGCCACAACUGCACUCAAAUCCCCAAGCUCCGCAUGGCGUGUUCGUCUGGCCCCAAUGGUCGUCGUUCUAUGUGGGCCCUCUGCGAGGAGUGUGGCGCCAUUGAGAUCGUCGACAGCGACUAA